AUGGUUUCAGGCUCUAGGUUUGUGUCCGACAAGUCAGCCGUGAUCUUGACCCUGGUCUUUGCCACGGCCGUCUUCAACGACUGCACUCAGGGCUACGACCAGUCUUCCAUGAACAACAUGAACCUCGUCAACACAUAUACUUUCAUCUUGGGGAUAAAUUUGCUGGGCCUCAACGUCGCCAUCAUCAACGCAGGCUCCGUCAUUGGUGGCCUCUCUGCCGACCAGGUGUGUGAUCGCUGGGGCCGCAAGGCUGGCAUAAUCCAGGCCGCUGCCGUCCAUGAGGCCAUGUUCUGCAUCGGUCGCUUCUUCCUCGGCGCGGCCGUCACCUUGAACGGCGUUUCUGCGCCCACAUGGGUCAUGGAUAUUGCCCAUCCCAAGACGCGCGGCCUUUUGGGCGACCUCUACAUGGCCAUCUGCCUCCUCGCCCUGAGCCUGCUGCCCUUCACGCCCGAGUCACCCCUCUUCGCCCUGAGCCUGCUGCCCUUCACGCCCGAGUCACCCCUCUGGCUCGUCUCUCAGGACCGCCAUGAGGAGGCCCUGCAGCUGCUGGCCGUCCUGCACGGCAACGGCGACGCCGACAACAGCUUCGUGCAGGCCGAUCCGCUGCCCAACUUCCGCCGCUUCGGCAUCGUUAUCGUCCUCAAUAUUGCCGCCCAGGUGAUCGGCUCCAACAUUGUCUCCUCGUACAUCGGCAACGUCCUCGACUCGGCUGGCAUUACCAAUACCCGCCAGCAGCUGAUUACUAAUAUCGGCAUGAUCAUCUUCAACUUUGGCUGCGCCAUCGCCGGGCCCUUCGCCAUGGACUACAUGGGCCGCAAGGGAAUGCUGCUCGGCGCCAGCUGCCUCAUGACCGUCCUGUCGGCUUUGUACGGCGAUGGGAGCAACAAGGCCGCUAGCAAUGGCAUGAUGGCCAUCAUAUUUCUCUUCCUGGGCUCGUACAGCUUCCGCGCCAAAGGCUUGGCUGUUGGACAAAUGGCCUGCUAUGCGUUCAUGCUCGUCAGCCAGUACACAACACCUAUUGCCAUGAACAAUAUCGACUGGGAAGAAAAGAAUAAGGCCGUCUUCAACAGGGCUCGCCAAUAG